AUGUGUGGCAGGUUGCUGUGGCGGCUGCUGGCUGAGGAGGCCAGGUACUCCACCCCGGUGGGGCGCCUCCUCCUUCCUGUGCUCCUGGGAUUCUGCCUCAUGCUGCUGACUGCCAGUGGGCUUGAGCAGAGUGAAUUCGUGUGCCACACCCAGCAGGCUGGCUGCAAGGCCGCCUGCUUCAAUGCCCUUUAUCCCCUCUCCCCGCUGCGCUUCUGGACCUUGCAGGUCAUGUUGGUGGCUGUUCCCAGCGCCCUCUACAUGGGUUUCACCCUGUAUCAUGUGAUCUGGCACUGGGAAGAAUCGGAAAAGGUGAAGAAAGAGGAGGAGACCCUGCCCCAUGAAGAGCAGAGCAGCAGAGAUGCCCCAGGGGCUCAAAGCCCCCUGCUGCUCUGGGCCUACGUGGCAUAGCUGGGAGCUGGACUUGCCCUGGAGAGGGCAGCCCUGGGGUAGCAAUAUCAUCUUUAUGGGUUCCAAAUGCCCAGCAUCUUUGACUGCAAAAUAGAGGCUUGGCCCUCUGUAUUAACCUGUAAUCUGUCCUGCUCUUCUAAGAAGACCAUCUUUAUAAAAAACCAUGUGUUUGGGGUCAAUGGGUUUUGUCUCUUGUUUACUCUUUUGGAGCUUAUGCUUCUGGGUCUGAGAAGAUGGUGUAAGACCCUGGGGAACUUCCCAGCAGAAUCUCUUCUUCCCACCAUACCCUUGCCCUGGACGGUGUAAGAAGCCUUGAGCAGACACUGACCAAUCUGCCAAGCCAGCCUUGCUCCUUCCCAGAGCCCGUGUGC